AUGAUGACGCUUGUCCCCAGAGCCAGGACACGUGCAGGACAGGAUCAUUACCCUCAUCCCUGCCCCAGAUUUUCACAGGCGCUGCUUACAGAGGGCAUCAUGACAUGUUGCUUGACAAAGAACCUAAGUGAUGUUAAUAUUCUGCAUAGGUUGCUAAAAAAUGGGAAUGUGAGAAAUACCUUGCUUCAGUCCAAAGUGGGCUUGCUGACAUAUUAUGUGAAACUGUACCCGGGUGAAGUGACUCUGCUGACUAGGCCCAGCAUACAAAUGAGAUUAUGCUGUAUCACUGGUUCAGUGUCGAGGAAGCAUUGA